UGACUCCUCCUUACUACAGGUAUCCUUUUAUAUAUGCCUACACUGUGCAACUACUCUAAGAAAGGAAAGUUUACCAAAGUUUUGAAGAACUACAGAGGUAAACUACUCUCAACUGAGCCUCAAGUCUAAUUUGGCAAAUAGACUGAACAGGUUAAUUAUUGACAAACAUGGACUCAUCUUUAAGAAGUCUAAUCACAGAUCCCGUUCAGUAUUCAGAAGCCUUCUUUAUGUACCUUAACCGCUCAACAGAACAUGAAUGCAUGCAGAGAUUUAUUGAUACAAAGCUAUCUGAUAUCAUAUCAAGAAUAGGCAGUGGGAAGUCUCCUAUCAAUGUCUUGAGUUUAGGAAGUGGAACAGGUGAAAUGGAUAUGCAUAUCCUCUCUAAACUGAGGAACAUGUAUCCUGGUGCCCUCAUCAAUAACGAAAGUGUUGAACCUAGUGAAGAACAUAUUCUCCUUUACAAAGACAAUGUUUCAAAGACACAAAACAUUGACAAUGUUACCUUUUCCUGGCAUAAGAAAGAUACUAGUGAAUAUGAGACAGAAAUAAAACAGAGGAAAGAAAUAAAACAAUUUGAUUUUAUUCAUAUGAUCCAGAUGAUAUAUUAUGUGAAGGAUGUUCCUGCAACCAUAAAAUUCUUCAGAAGUUGUCUUGCCCCAAAUGGAAAACUCCUGAUUGUUGUUUUAUCAGAAAAAAGUGGAUGGAUCCGUUUUUAUGAUGCUUGUAGCUCUCAUUUGUCAAAGAGUGAGCUUCCCAUAAAUAUAUGUUCUGGUGAUAUCACACAAAUUCUUGACUCACAAGGAAUUCAAUAUGAAAGCUACAACAUUCAGUCAUAUCUGGAUGUAACUGAAUGCUUUAUUGAAGGAAACAGAAAUGGACAACUUUUAUUGGAUAUGCUGACAGAAACAUGCAAUUUUAACGGAACGGCCACAGAUAACCAAAAAAUGUUUGUAAUGGAACAACUACGAAGUCCUGAUUAUUCUUUUGAAGAAAAUGGAAAAAUCUUACUAAGCACAGACCUCACGGCAUUGAUAAUUAAUGCUGAAAAUCAUAUUUACUAAAAGUGAAUUUAAAUAUCAAAAAUAUCCUGGGUAUUAAGAACAGUGUUACAACUAAAAUUUCACUAAAAUAAAGAUUUGCUAUACAGAACAACAA